AUUAAAUGACCAAUUAUUAAGCUUCCAAGUACCCCUUUGCUUUUUUUCUACGCUCUGCAACAAUAUAGUUUUUCUUUCUCUGAAAAAUGAUAUUUUAAAUUGCUCCCUCAGCUAUACACUCUUGCUUCCCAUUGUUGAAAAACAUGAUCGCUGAAAAGUUGGAGUAUGUCAAGUUUCAAAAUGUCAUCAAACGACUGCGCUGCAUUGUCGGGUUGUUAAAAAAAGAGGAGUCGAGUUUAUUAUCUCGAUCGUUGAUUCAUAUUUAUCUGUUAUUCUUUAUCAUUCCAGUUUUCGGUACGAUAAAUUUUCUUUUUGCCAAUAUCACGAAUAUAAUUAUCGCGACCAGAGCUUUGAGUCUACUGUUGGGCUUCUCCACAACAAUGAUAAAAGGAAUAACUUUUAUCGUAAACCGCAAAGGCAUCGAUGAGCUCUAUGAAACUCUGGAACAAUAUUUUGACGAAUUGUUGAAAACUCCCGAAAUGUCCAAGCAAAUUUUGAGUAAAGUAUCCAUUUUUAGGCGAUUUCCGUCAUUUCUAUCGACAUUCACAGUUUUGCUCUGCCUAUUCGUCGCACUCGGGCCAAUUCUGUCAAUUUUAACUCAAGUUCGCCAUAAAGUUUCGCCUAUCAAUUAUCAUCUUGCUUAUCCAGCAGUCUUUCCCUGGGAUAUAAAAAAAAGUGUUCUUCUAUUCAGUUUGCAUUUAAUUGACGAGUAUUUUCUUACUUUAAGCAUCGCGAUAAUCACGUCAACAGUGGAUAGUUUGUAUACCUAUUAUAUGUUCCAAAUGAUUGGUAUUUUACGAACAAUAACCCAUCGAAUUUCUAUGUUUGAUGAAAACAAUUGUGAGUUUGAAAUACGUGAAUGCGUUAAUAAGUAUAACAUAUUGGUAGACUGUAUAAACAAAUCCGAACAAAAACAAUUCUACCGAAUCUGUGGAUUUGAAAAAAUCUACGGGGUUAUUAUUUUAUGGACCAUGAACGUCAACGCUAUUGUUCUUUGUGGACUCAUUUAUCAGCUUUCUCACGCUAAAUCAAUUCCCUUUGCUUCAAUGGUUUAUUCCGGCGCACAUGCUGCCUUGAAAUUAAGCCAAGUUUUUAUAUUCGCCUGGAGUGGGUCGCUUCUUACCACCGAGAGUGAAAAUCUGCGAGACGCCGUCUAUGCUUCACGGUGGCUCCAAAACAUCCGAUUGAAGUCUUCAAUAAUAAUAAUGCUUUCCCAAAAACCUCUCACUCUGACAGCUUGUAAUUUUUUAUACGUCACAAUAGACAUGUUUGUAAAAGUAGGAAACACGACCAUAUCUUAUUAUUUAUUAUUAAAAACAUUUGAACAAGGCGCUUAA